AUGAGGAAGAAGUGGACCAUUAGAAAAUGUCAAAGACUAAGAGGUUGCAGCAGCAGUAGCGAAGGGCCAAAUUGGAUUGAGCUGCCGGUGGAAAUCAUGAGAAUCGUGUUCGGGCGGUUGAGUUAUUUUGAUCAAAUAUGUUGUCGUAGCGUGUGUAAGAGCUGGCGAGACGUUCCUCCGGCACCAGCCCUACACCAAGAUUUUCUUCCACGGAUGUUUUUGCUGUGCCAUGAUACCAGGUUAUCAAAGUCGAAGGAACUGCCGUCGUGGUGGACGAAAUGCGAGAAAGGGAUGGUUGGUCCAAUGAUGUUUGAUCCAUGGAAACAAAAGUUGUACCCACUGAUAAAAAGAAGGGAGUUCGGUAGUCGUAGCAGCAGAAUAGUAGUGUUUGAUUCCCGAAAAGGUUGGCUUCUCAUGGGCAAAGAAGCAUCAGAACAAGAGACCAGAGCAAACGUCCCCGCCGUACUUUUGAGUUCUAAUUUCCAUGCCAACUUGUUUCAAGGAUUCGCAUUGUUCCUCUACUCUCCAUUCAGAGAUCAGAUGAUGAACCUCCCCUCACUCUAUGUACCAGGAAAAGUGGCUACGAUCUCCUUUGCUCCUCCGGUGGAUCAUGAUUCAUCAAUCAUCCAAGUAUUCGCCCUCUCCAUUUUUCACCGCCAUAUCUAUGAAGCUUAUUAUUCCAAGCAUCGCUGCCAGAGUGAGAUCACGGUCGGCACGUGCCAGGCAGUGGUACUCGACGAAGCUGAUGUGGCAACUACUAGUAGUUAUUGUAAUUGGACUAUGGAACCAGAAGCCAUCUUCAACCCCGCCUUUGAAACCGAGCUCAGCUUGCAGUCGGUGGUGUACUUGAAAGGGACUUUCUACUGCCUUUUCCAGGAUUUAGUGUUGGGGGGAUUUGAUCUCUCGACAAGACUCUGGCGUUGGCUUGUUCCUCGACCAGUAGAGCCUCGCACCCCUAGCUGGCGCUGGCCCGCGGGGGGCAUGUUCGAGUUCGAUGGAAAGCUUGUUGUCAAAGAUGGCCUGUGUCGCAACUGUGUAAUAUUUGAUUUCGAUACUGGAGGGUGGAGGCCUUCAACACGAGACGAAGAUGUUGAUUUUGUGCGGUUCCAGUGCUCCACCAACAAGACAUCAUUUUAUGCUUUGGGAUCAUACAACCUCCCUCGUCCUGCUAAAGAUUCCACCUUUGGAACUAAUGGUGCUUUCGAAGCUUUUUCCAAAUACCCGACACCGCGCCUGCUGUCUACUAGGGCUCCUUUCUAUAAGAAGCUCUACUCUCUUUGCUCACAUUUCUCUGUUUGGAUUCGUCCUACCUAG